AUGCGGGGCAAGGACGAUGAGUACGAUUAUCUCUUCAAAGUUGUGCUCAUCGGGGACUCUGGGGUGGGCAAGAGCAACCUGCUGUCACGCUUCACCCGCAACGAGUUCAACCUGGAGAGCAAGAGCACCAUCGGGGUGGAGUUUGCCACCAGGAGCAUCCAGGUGGACAACAAGACAGUGAAGGCUCAGAUCUGGGACACGGCCGGGCAGGAGCGCUACCGCGCCAUCACCGCCGCGUACUACCGCGGGGCAGUGGGGGCCCUGCUGGUCUAUGACAUUGCCAAGUACCUGACGUACGAGAACGCAGAGCGCUGGCUGAAGGAGCUGCAGGACCACGCCGAUGCCAACAUCGUCAUCAUGCUGGUGGGCAACAAGAGUGACCUGAGGCACCUGCGGGCUGUGCCCACUGACGAGGCCAGGAGCUUUGCAGAGAAGCAUGGGCUGUCCUUCCUUGAGACGUCUGCUCUGGAUUCCACCAACGUGGAGACAGCUUUCCACAACAUCCUCUCGGAGAUCUACCACAUCGUGUCGCAGAGGCAGAUCACAGGACAGCCAGAGUCCGAGUUUGGCCCCUCCACCUCCAUUGAGCCCAUCCAGGUGCUGCCCACGCAGCAGGAGGGCAGGCAGGCGCCCUGCUGCCAGAACAUCUGAGCCCCUGGGCUGCCCCCACCGUGCCCCCCAGCCCCUGGGGGCAUCGUGUCCCCCCCAGCCUGCAGCUCUGGGCAGGCCAGUGAGCUCUGCCUGCUGUUUGUUCACCAUCCCCCUGCCCUUGUGCUGCUCUGCCUGUGUCUGUGUAGGACCCAACAAAACCGGGGCGAGGCAAAGCAGCAGGGUGUCUCCCCUCUCUCCAUGCCAUGCCCUGUGUCCCUGCUCCCUUUAGCCCUGCGGGCACACUCACUGGGUGGCACUGAACAGCCCAAACACGGGGAGUCCCUGUUUGGUGACACCCUGGCUGUGGAGGGGACGCUGGGUGCAUCCUUCUCCUGCCUGAGUGGUGUGUCCUGUAGUGCCCAGCCCCGUCCCUGCAGCCCUGAGAGUGAUUUUUCCCCCAGCAAAGGGAAAAGCUGCGAUUCU